GCCAUCAAGGCGGAUCUGCACAAGUGUGGGCCCAACGCAUACAGCCAUGAGAUCCUGGGUGUGCUGGGGGAGCUGGCCCUGGCUAUGGACAAGCUUCCCUCCUGGGCAGCCCCCCAGCCCGUGAAGAAGAACCUGCUGACAAUGCGGGACGAGGCCUUCAUCCGCCCCGAGCCGCUGGGGGUGGUGCUGAUCAUCGGGGCCUGGAACUACCCCUUUGUCCUGGUCAUGCAGCCCUUGAUCGGGGCCAUCGCAGCAGGCAAUGCCGUGGUGGUGAAGCCAUCAGAGAUCAGCGAGAACACAGCUCAGCUGGUGGCUGAUCUUCUCCCCCAGUACCUCGACCGGGAGCUGUACCCCGUGGUCACUGGAGGAGUACCUGAGACAACAGAGCUGCUGAAGCAGAGGUUUGAUCACAUCCUUUAUACUGGCAACUCCGCGGUGGGCAAAAUUGUGAUGGCAGCGGCUGCCAAGCACCUGACACCCGUCACCCUGGAGCUGGGUGGGAAGAGCCCCUGCUACAUCGACAAGGACUGUGACCUGGACGUUGCCUGCAGGCGGAUAACAUGGGGAAAGUACAUGAACUGUGGACAAACCUGCAUUGCCCCGGACUACAUCCUCUGCGACCCAUCCAUCCAGAGCAAAGUGGUGGAGAACAUCAAGGCGACUCUGCAGGAAUUCUAUGGGGAUGAUGUGAAGUCGUCUCCGGAUUACGAAAGGAUCAUCAACAAGCAUCACUUCAAGAGGAUCCUGGGCCUGCUGGAAGGACAGAAGAUCGCUCACGGGGGAGAGGUUGAUGAGGCCUCCUGCUUUAUAGCACCGACUAUCCUCACUGAUGUUUCUCCGGAGUCCAGGGUGAUGGAGGAGGAAAUCUUUGGACCAGUCCUCCCCAUUCUGACGGUGAAGAGUGUGGAUGAAGCCAUUGAGUUCAUCAACUGUCGGGAGAAGCCCCUUGCCCUGUAUGUCUUCUCUAACAACAAGAAGUUAAUCAAGAGAGUCAUCUCGGAAACCUCCAGUGGAGGUGUUACUGGAAAUGAUGUCAUCAUGCAUUUCUUCCUCUCGACCUUACCCUUUGGUGGUGUUGGGAACAGCGGGAUGGGCGCCUACCACGGCAAGCACAGCUUCGAGACCUUCUCCCACCACCGCUCCUGCCUGAUCAAGGACCUGAAGAUGGAGGGUACGAACAAACUCCGGUACCCACCUGGCAGCCAGAAGAAGGUGGAUUGGGCCAAGUUCUUCCUCUUGAAGCGGUUUAACAAGGGCCGAGUGGGACUGGUCAUCUUAGCCCUGCUGGGGAUUGUGGCAGCAGUGGUGGCAAAGAUGGUUUACUACUGAAGAGAGGAGGAGGCGCCAUGUGCAAGUCAUACUCUGGGUGCUCGCUUUGUGUCUGUUUCCUUAAGCUGAGAAGUCAUUUUUUCUUUUGUACUGGGUUAUUUCAGUGAGCUGUCGAGCACACCGAGCAGCCUUAGAGAGGCACUAACCAAGGGAAGGCUCGGACUCCUGUU